AUGGUAGUUUCACGCCAUUUCUGUGCCGUUUCUUCUGCCAUCAAGACGGUCCUGGCUGUCCAUCUUGUUGCAACCAGGCCUAUCAUACUGUCCAGCAUAACCGCGGUGACCUUUGUUCAGGUUAGCAUCAACUGCCCUCGAGGAGGUAGUAGGAUACUUACCUUAAGUUCCUCUCCAAUAGUGCGAAUCGAGCGGGCCAACCUCAGGCCAUCUAUUCUGUGGAUUUCUAAAUUGGUAUAUCCACGGAACAUUACCUCUGAUAUGGUCUGCACAAUUCCCGUGAGAGGCUCAAGAAUCUUCAACAAGCAGAUCGCUCUCUUCCAGACACUCAACGAUCAGUGCAGCCUCGUCAUCCAUAUAGUGAAGGCGCAGUCGUUUGAACAUCUCAGCGGUAUUUCGAAGAACAUGCGUUAG